AUGGUGACUAAUGCUAUGGAGAAAUUGAUGCGUUCCUUUCUGUGGUCAGGGAGUGAGCUGAUAAAAGAUGGUGAUAAAGGGGGUGGUGAUCGCUUUGUUGGUCAAGGGUUUUCAAAUUGGAAAAAGAAAGAAAAAUUGAAUAUUCACAUUGGAGAUUACAAUGCUGUUGCUUUCAAGAAUGCUCCUGAUAAUCUCAAAUUGACAUCACCCGAGAUUCAAAAAGACAUUGUAAGUGCUGCUUUAAAUGAAAUCGUAAAUGCUAUCAUUAGAGAUUUUAUAGAUUCAUUAUUCGCUACAAUGAUUGAUGAAUCUCGUGAUUUUUCUAGGAAGGAACAAAUGAUUAUUGUCUUACAUUAUGUUAACAAGAAUGAACUUGUUGUGGAGCGUUUUUUAGGUGUUGAACAAGUUACUAGUACCACAACUCUCUCACUCGAGGCAACAUUUGAUAAUUUCUUAUCAAGGCAUGGGUUGAGUUUUUCUAGAUUGCGAGGACAAGGUUAUGGUGAAGUUAGUAAUAUGCAAGGAGAAUUUAAUAGUUUGAAGACACUAGUUUUGAAAGAGAAUAGAUGUGCUUAUUAUAUUCAUUGA